GUUGAAAUCAAUCAAAUUCUUCGUUGUUUGAAAAUAAUUUAUCAUUGUUGUUUUGUUCAAAUUGAAUCUUUAUCAAAAGAUGGCUUCUUCAUCAUCAUCAUCGACAAAUCAUGUUGGAUCUUCAGCAUCCACACCAGCAUCAUCAACGACAAUACCAUCAUCAUCAUCAUCAUCGGGUAAUCGUUUAAUGCCUUCAUUAUCGAAUCCAGGUGAUAUAGCUGUUUGGUUACAUAAUAAAUUAUCAUCCGAUGAUAUUUGGUCGGAUAAAAGUAGUAUCAUUACACAAUUGAAUUCGGAUAUGUUAACAUCGAUAAAAUCCUGUUUUACUGAAUUACAAUUAAAUGUUAAGCUGAAAUUAUUGUUAUCAUUUUUACAUUUACCAAAACGAAAUCUAGAUGAUUGGAAAAAUGAAUUAGAAGAAUUAAUUCGUUUAGCAAUCGAUGAUUCUGAUCCAUGGGUUUCAGUUGUUGCUGAAUUAUUGGAAAAUUAUCCACGUCAUGGUUCGAUUGAUCUUGAUCCAACAUCAUCAUCAUUUUCGGAAUUAAGUACUGAAUUGAAAAAACUUGUGAAAAAACAAGAUCAAAAAAUUCUUCCAUUAGAAAGUUUAUUUCUAAAUCGUUGUGCAUUUCAUAGCCAAUUUGGACAGCCAGCACAACCUGUUAAACAUUUUCAAUUAAAACGUAAAGCCAAAUCCGCUACAUUACGUGCCGAAUUAUUACAAAAAGCAACUGAUCUAUCAAGUGGUAGAAGGCCAUCUACCGGUCCAACUGUACCGAUUAGAUGUCGUGGAUUAAAUUCAAAUGAUACAACUCCAUAUAAAGGAAUACCUAGUCGAAAUAGUUUUGGUUCAUAUUCAUCAUCAUCAUUUAAAUCUGGUUUAAGUCGUUUAUCAUCAUCAUCAGGUGGUAUUAGUAAUAGCAGUAGUAGUCGUUCAGCAAGAUUAGCUGCAUCAAAUAUUGGCAGUUCCGGUAUAAAACGUGAUGGUGGUAUUGUUUUAUUGGAUAUGUAUGAAGCACCAUCAGCACCAAUUAAUCAACGUGAUUUAAAACGUCAACGUAAAGAUAAAGAAAAAGAAAAACAACAGGAAAAAUCGGAUAAACAACAACCACAACAAACAUCAUCAUCAUCGACUAUACCAUCAACAACAACUUCAUCGAAUAUUUCGAGUUCCCAAUCAAAAACAAGAUUAAUGUCAUCAUCAUCAGAUGAUGAUCAUUUGGAUCAUCGACAAUCAUUGAAAUCACAAAAAUCUGAAGAUUCUAACAUAAAAACGACUGCUUCAUCGACAACAACGAAAUCAUCAUUACUUAAUCGAAAUAAUUCAAUAGAUAAUGAAUCAACAAGUGUAAUCAAAACACCAAUAAUGAUGCAGAAAAAUUUAUCCAAAUUUUCGAAUACCAAAAAUGAUGAUAAUAAUAUCAUUCAAUCGCAACAAUCAUUACAAACGCAACCAUCUUCAAUAAUCAAUACAAGUAAUCAAUCAUUAUCGAAUCAACAACAACGACAAAUAUUGGCAUCAAAAUCAACACCAGAUUAUGCUGCUGGUUUAACACCUGUACCAUCAUCAUCAUCAUCAUCAUCGGUUAUAACUACUUCAACAACGAAUCAAAAACUGGAUGAUUCACGUAUAAAUCAACAACAGCAACAACAAUCAUCUUUGAUUGAUUCAACACCUGUACAACAAUCUCAACCACAACAACAAUCAUCAUCAUUAUAUCAUGAACAGCAGCAACAACAACAAUCUUCGCCUUUGAAAACUACACAAUCUUUAUAUCAACAGAAUCAAAAUCAAUUCAAUAAUCAACAACAACAACAGCAAAUUCGAAUGCCAAUCGGAUCUUCAAAUUUUACCAUGUUAAAUCAAUCAUUGAUGGCACAAAGAUCAACACAAUCUCAACAACAACAACAACAACAGCAAUCAGAAAUGAGAGUUCCAUUACAGCAACAAAUGCUUGCCUAUCAACAACAACAACAACAGCAGCAACAACAGAAUCGAAAUAAUAAUUUUCAAACAAGUAAUAUUCAACAAUUACAACAAAAUUCAUCACAACAAUUUACACAACAACAACAACAACAGAUACAGUCUAUACAUAGGCCUUUUGGUCAACAACCGCAACAACAACAAAAUCGUCCUCAAUUACAACAGCAAACAUUCUCAACACCAUUUGGAAUGUAUGCUGGAACAACAUCUACGCAACAACAACAACCAUCACCACAGCAGCAGCAACAACAGCAGCCAAAUUUACCUUUACAAGGAUUAUCAGCAUCAGCUGGACAGCUAAUGCGAGAAAUAAUGACAAAAUUUCCACGUUUAAAUCCUCAAAUACAUAAAACUAUUUAUGAUUUUCUUAAUGGUUUACCAAAUCCAUCACCAGAAUCAGGACCACAACGACAAUUUCGGCUUGGUGAAACAAUUGAAUUACGAAAACGUUCACCAGAUCAACCAGAAACAAGACAUAUCGUUGAAACACAACUUCUUAUUGAUUAUGAUAAAAAAACAUGUAAAAAAUUGGAAAAUAUUAAACAAUUACCUGAUUUUCAAGCAAUUCGAACAGUUGGAAUUGUUGGUAAUUCAUCAAAUCCACAACAACCACAACAUUUGAAUGUGCAAUCAUCAGGCCAAGGUGGUAUUGGUGGUAUGCCUAUACGAAUGGCAACAUUUCAAACUGUUGGUCCAAGAGGAAUGAUUGGCACUGUUGGUCAACGAAUGAUGACAACAACUAAUCGUGCUGGUGUUCCAGUCACAUUCAUGGCUAUAAAUCCAUCAUUUUUACAGCAAUCACAACAACAUCAACACCAGCAACAAUUACAACAACAACAACAAGGACAACAACAAAAUCAACAAGGACCACCAGGAUCAACAACUGGAAAUCAAUCAUCGACAAUGCAACAAUAUUCACAUCUACAGCAAAGAGUAUAAUCUCAUAAUUCUCAUUUAACACACAUCAAAAAAUGCCUAAACAUGUGAACUGAAUCCAUUUUUGACAAUAUUUUCAUUUUAUAGAUUUGUAUGUUAUUAGAGAUGAC